AACACGAAUACACCCCAUUCAAAAUGAGUGGACCACACACAGCCUUCUUCUAUGGCACUUUGGUCAGUCGUCCAUCUCUCCUAAUCAAACAUUCCGAGAAGCCAUUCCACUUCCAAAGAUCAAAUGCUCAGACUCAUCCCGAGAAUCCAAGUUGAGCUUUUGUAUCAGUCAGUCAUAGGGGUGUCACAGAGAAAGCAGGCUUCGACAUUGCACAUUUCAAGCAAACCGUCAUGAAGAUAUCGUGCCAGCUAGGACUUUACACUAACACUUCCUUUCCCCCCUCAGAUGGAGCCCAAGGUCUUCUUCACAGUCGUCCAAGGCAACGGCAACCCGCCCCAGGCAAUCAAGGACCUCUACACAUUCACCCCCGCCCUCCUGCACGACCACACCCGCCACCGGGUCCAGCUCGCCGACUACCCAGGCAUGAUCCCCGAAGCCGGCGGCUCCGUCCUAGGCAUCUACGCGACGGGCCUCACGGACGCCAACGUCCUCAAGCUCGACUUUUUCGAGGGCUCCGAGUACGAGAAGAAGGUGGUCACCGUCAAGGUCCGCAGCGGCGGCGGUACUAGUGGUGGCACAGAGCAAAAGGAAGAGGACAAGCAGGCCAUGGCUUACAUCUACAAGCGUCCGGAGAACCUGGAGCGCGUAAAGUGGUCGUUUGAGGAGUUCCGCAAGGAUAAGAUGCACGUCUGGACGCGCGAGAGCUACGUCUUUGAAGGUUGCGACGAUUAUGCAGAGUUUGAGAAGGUCGAGAAGGAAGAUGCAAACGGUCACGAGGAGAAGAAGGAUGAGGUUGCCAAGUAGAGCGGUUGCUUAGGCCCAAGGACUUGUAUCAGCAUACCUCUGUUUUCCUUGCUCUUCCCUUUCGUAUGGCGGCAAACGGCAUCGUUUGAUGGGCUCUCACGGUAGGCAGGCGGCCGAUGCAGGUCUGCACCUGGGCCGAUAGGGCGGUG